CGCUGUGGGAGGGCGCGGCGCGAUGGCGGCGGCCGCGGCCAUGGCCGCGCUGGGCCGGAGCCUCGCGGCCGCGCUGCGGCUGCCCCGGGCUCGGCCGGGACUCCCCGGUGCGGCACUGAAUCUGUACCACAAGAACCUACCGAAAAUUGAGACCCUCCAUCAAGUGAAGUUCCUGCACACAACUGUGUCUCAGAGAGGUCUGGAGGAGUUUUUUGAUGAUCCAGGAAACUGGGGGGAAAAAAGUGUAAAGUCUGGGGAUUCAUGGAAUAUAAAGCAGCUAAGGGGCAAGAGUAGUGAAGACUUGCACAAACUUUGGUAUGUCCUGCUGAAAGAAAAGAACAUGCUUUUAACUUUAGAGCAAGAGUCCAAACGACAGCGCAAGCCUAUGCCAAGUCCAGAACGAUUAGAAAAGGUAGAAACGUCUAUGAAAAAUAUAGACCUGGUUGUCAGGGAAAGAGAAAUUGCUUUGAGGCUUUUACAAACGGGCCAUGAAAAGCCAGUGCCUGGCGAGUGGAGACACGACUUCUUGGGACGCACAUUCUGGUAUAGUUACAAGGAAUGGCCAAUACCAUGGCACUUGAACAAAAAACACAAAAAGAAGAGAUUUUAUUACUUACCUCAUGUGAAUCACUUCAUCAGACUCAGACUUGAAAAAGCCUUACGGAAAAGGGCAAGGCAGCAGAAUAUGGAGAGGACGAGACGGAAGAUCUUGGAAAAGAAAUUCCCUGACAUUGCUGUGAAAUCCCAGAGCCAGUAACAUGCUGCAAGAGCAAGGAGUUGGUCAAGUGUCUGUGGAACAUGAAUCAUGUUCUGGAACCACAAACUCCACUGAGCAUUCCAGAGAGUCUCCAUCAUUUUUUGUUUUUAAUACCACAUUUGACUUUAAUUAAACUUGUGAUCUGGAAUUAAAAAACAGCUUUGGUGCCUAAC